GGGCCGCUGGCGGCGGACAAUUCACAUCGCACGGCGCACAGUGCGGCAACGUGGCACGAGAAUUCCAUCCGUCGCGGAUUGUGUGCGAGUGUGCGACGUGCGUGCGUGUGUCAUUGUCAGACUGUCAGUGUGUGUGUAUCGUUGUUGACGCCCGAAAUUUUUGUUAUUCUAACAUAUUUGACACUACAACGGUAUAUUAAGUGCUGCAUAAAAGAUCGUCUGGCUUCUAGGUGUACGCGAAAUUUGUUUCCGUCUUUUUAGUGGUCUUCCUGUACGUGCGCAGUGUUUUUUUAAAAUUGCAUCCCCUCCUCACCCACACCACGCGCCGGUCGAGCCGAAUUACAUGUAGCGUAGUACCCGUGCGUCUCGUAGACGGUUUUUGUCGUAGAUUUUGUUUUUGAUUUUUAUUUUCUGUUCGGUUUUUUGUUCGCGAUCGCCUUCUGCCAUUUCUUUUUAUCGACGUUGGUCCGUGUGUGUUGGUUCGCAGGUUACACUCCAUACACGGGUUGAAGUCCGCUGCUGGGCAGCAUUCGAGUGCUGUGACAACUUUCCGAGUACUCUUUGCUGCUUACUCACCAGUGUAUACAUAAGAGUGUUUCUAUAGGGGCAGCAUGCAGACCAUCAAGUGUGUUGUUGUUGGUGAUGGAGCUGUUGGUAAGACUUGUCUGCUCAUAUCGUACACGACAAACAAGUUUCCUUCAGAAUAUGUUCCAACUGUUUUUGACAAUUAUGCAGUGACAGUUAUGAUUGGUGGAGAGCCAUACACAUUAGGUUUAUUUGAUACAGCAGGUCAGGAAGAUUAUGAUCGCCUCAGACCUUUGAGUUAUCCACAAACUGAUGUGUUUCUUGUUUGUUUCUCCGUGGUUUCACCAUCUUCAUUUGAAAAMGUUAAAGAAAAGUGGGUCCCAGAGAUAACGCAUCAUUGUCAAAAAACACCAUUCCUGUUGGUUGGUACACAAAUAGACCUCAGAGAAGAUGCCACAACAGUGGAAAAACUAGCCAAAAAUAAACAAAAAUCAAUAUCAUUUGAACAAGGAGAGAAGCUAGCUAAAGAGCUUAAAGCUGUGAAAUAUGUUGAAUGCUCAGCACUUACACAAAAAGGACUAAAAAAUGUAUUUGAUGAAGCUAUUCUUGCAGCUUUAGAGCCUCCUGAACCAGUUAAGAAGAGGAAGUGUGUUAUAUUGUAAGGCUGUGGAUAAAUAAACAGGUGCAACAAUUUUGUCAUAAAAUAUUUAAGAUAAAACAAUUUAAAUCAUGAUUUAGCAUGGAUACAAUAAUGAAAUAAUUAUUAU